AUGGACAUUUUACAACUUUUAGAAAAUGCUCUUCUCAGCACAGAUCCCAAUCAGAGGACCCAGGCAGAGGUUGCGUUGAAUGAGGCAGCAAACAAUAACUUUUCCGAUUAUGUGAGGUUAUUGAUUGAAGCGUUGAACAACGAGGAUGCCAAGACAGAAGUGCGAAUGUUGGCUGGUAUUGGCCUUAAGAAUCAACUUACUUCUAAAGAUUCCAGAACCAGAUCGGCACAACAGGAUCGCUGGCUCAAGUUGGACCCAUCAAUAAAACAGGCCAUUAAAGAAAAUGCUCUUCAAGGAUUGAAAACAUCGAAUCUGAAAGUUGCCGGUACUGCAGCCCAAUUGGUUGCUGCAAUUGCAGAUAUCGAGUUGCCCAGAGGCGAAUGGCAGGAAUUGAUUCCAACAAUUAUCCAAAACACCAAGAUGGAGAACUCUGAAAAUGUCAAGCGUGCCUCCCAAUUGACUAUUGGAUAUAUUUGCGAAAGUGCCGAUCCAACCAAUGCCAAUAUUUUGCAGCAGGCCUCCGGAAUCUUGAUUGCCAUCAUUCAAGGUGUUCAAAGCAAUGAACCAUCGAAUUUGGUGAGGAUCACUGCAUUGAACGCGUUGGUUAACUCGUUGGAGUUUAUCAAGUACAAUUUCGAAACAGAAGGCGAGAGAAAUUACAUUAUGCAAGUUGUUUGUGAAGCAACGCAAGCGGACGACUCUGAGCUUCAGGCUAGCGCUUUUGGCUGUUUAGCAAGAAUCAUGUCUUUGUAUUAUGGAUUCAUGGCACUUUACAUGGAAAAGGCAUUAUAUGGCUUAACAGUCUCGGGAAUGCAAAGUUCAGAUGAAAAAGUGGCAUGCAUGGCCGUUGAAUUCUGGUCUACUGUAUGCGAAGAAGAGAUGGAAAUAGCGUUGCGGAGACAGGAAUUGGGGUUGGAUUCUUUACAAGUAGCUGAAUCUCCGGAAUUGAUGUCAUUCAAUUUUGCAUUGAUUGCUUCUAGUGAAGUGUUGCCCACUUUAUUGAAAUUAUUGAUGAGGCAGAAUGAAGACCCCGAAGAUGACGAUUGGUCCGUUGCAAUGGCUGCUGGUGCUUGUUUGCAAUUAUAUGCACAAGAUAUCGGGAACUAUGUUGUGGACCCUACUAUUCAAUUUGUCGGAGCCAACUUGACUGACAAGGAAAACUGGAGAGCUAGAGAAGCAGCCGUGAUGGCAUUUGGCUCUAUUUUGGAUGGCCCAGAUCUGGAGCAAUUGAAAUCGAUCAUUAAUCAAGCGUUGCCACCCAUUCUUGAGCUAAUUCAAGAUGCAAAUUUGCAAGUGAAAGAGACUGUUGCUUGGUGUCUAGGGAGAAUUGCUGAUAUGGUAGUUGAUGCUAUCGAUGUCAAUACCCAGCUACCACAAUUGUUACACGCAUUGGUUAAUGGUUUACAAGACCACCCCAAGGUAUCAACAAACUGUUGCUGGACAUUGAUCAAUCUUGUGGAGCAAAUAUGCGCUGAUUCCAACAAUGCCGAGACUGAUGUUAUGUCACAGUACUACUCAACUAUCGUUCCUGUGCUAUUGCAAGUAUCUGGCAGACCAGAUAACGAGUAUAGCGCGAGAGCUUCUGCUUACGAAGCAUUGUCAACACUCGUUACCUACAGCGCAAGAGACACCAUGCCAAUUGUGCAAAACAUUGCAUCCGAAGUCGUUUCUAGAUUAGAGUCUACAAUCAGCAUGCAAUCCCAAGUUACUACAACCGAGGAUAAAGGUAACUUGGAAGAGUUGCAAACAAACAUUUUGGCUUUAUUGACAAACGUUAUACGUAAGCUAGGUGCUGAUGUUAUUGGCGCAGCGGACAACUUGAUGGAGAGGUUCCUUAAUUUGUUGGGUGCUCAAGAAGCAAACUCCUUGAUUGAAGAAGAUAUUCUCAUUUCGAUUUCGGCCUUGUCUAGCGCCAUUGGAGAAAACUUUAUGAAUUAUAUGCCAGCAUUUAUUCCAUACUUGACUAAAUCAUUGGAAAAUGUCGAGUCACCUACAUGCCUCACAGCAACUGGGUUGGUGGGUGACCUUGCACAAAACUUGGGUCUUCAAUUGGGUGAAUAUUUGAAUGGGUUGAUGACUAUCUUGGGAAACAAUCUCAAUAACCCUGAUGUUAAGCGUGAGCUCAGACCAGUUAUUGUGUCCGCCUUUGGAGAUGUUGCUUCGGCAAUCGGGCCUGCAUUUGAGCCGUAUCUUGAGUAUGUCAUGAACAUUUGCACAGCUGCUGCGUCAAUCGAGCCAGAAGACCAUUCUAUAGAAACAACAGAUUACAUUUUCAAUUUGAGAGAAUCCGUAUUGGAUUGUUUUGUUGGUAUUACAGCUGGAUUUGGAGAACAACCUGAGAAAUUAUAUCCCGUUGUUGGAUCCAUUUUGCAAUACAUCCAAAAAGUUUCACAAGAUCCUGCAUUAUCAACCAGCGAAUCCGUAGCAAGAUCAGCUACAGGUUUAUUGGGAGAUAUUGCAGCCAUGUACCCACAAGGCCAAUUCAAAGCUUACUAUGAGGAACAAUGGGUGACUGAUUACAUCAAACGCACACGUUCUAAUGGAUUAUUUGAUGAAAAGACCAAAGAUGCUGCAAGAUGGGCAAGAGAGCAACAAAAGAGGCAACAGCAAAUUCCUGGCCUCUUGGGUUGA